UUGUAAGCAGUAUUUUGAGUUACAGGCGGUGACUAACAUGCAGCAAUGGUUAAUGGGACUCGUACGGGAAAGGAAGACGAGGUCCCUGCCCCAAUCCAUGACAUCAUAGCCUACUGGACAAAGCACCGAAAGAAGGAGGGGUUUUAUAUAGCGCGGGGCUAAUCGUCCCGAAUCUGGAACUAACCUUACAGAAUCUGUGCCUAUUCAUGCUCACAACACACGGAAACGGUAAUUUCCUGAUGUCCAGGGACCCAAAAAAGGAAUGUAGGCUAUAUCACAACGUGAAGGCUUCUGCAUGACGAUUUGUUCUGGUUCUGGUUGAUCCGUGGUUUGCGGAUAUUAUAGGCUACAUUCGGUUUUCUUGGCAUGAACAGAUUCUGCGGUACGUACUCAACAUGACAAUCCUGGCUCUCCUGUUUCCUACUCUUCUUGUUGUGAGAGUACAUGCGGCCUUUGAGGUGCAGGUCCCGGAGCUGCCAGUGGUGGCGCUGUACGGUACGGACAUCGUGUUGAACUGCACCUUCUCCCCCGUCACCCCCUUCAACCUGUCCGAGCUCAGCAUCUUCUGGCAGCUGGCCGACACCCGGCGAAGCGUGCACUCGUUCUGGGACGAGCGGGACCAGCUGGCGGACCAGGGCGAGAGCUUCGCCAACCGCACCAGCCUCUUCCACUCCAAGCUGGGCUCGGGCAACGCCUCGCUCCUGCUGCGCAAGGUGCGCAUCGCGGACGAGGGCAGCUUCUCCUGCUUCGUGAAGGUGGAGGACUACAGCACCGCCGCGCUGCUGGUGGAAGUGGCUGCUCCGUACUCCAAACCCGAGGUCACGCGGGAGGCGGACGACUCGAAUCUGCGGCCGGGGGACGAGGUGUCCCUGACCUGCGAGGCGUACGGCGGGUACCCGCAGGCCAGCGUGGUGUGGAGGGACGGGCGCGGCCACAACCUGACGGAAAACGUCACCACCUCCGUGGUGGCCAACAAGGAGGGGCUGUACAGCGUACGCAGCGUGCUGAGGGUGCUGGUGGAACCCAACAGCACCUACAGCUGCAGGCUGGUCAACCCGCUGCUGGGGGAGGAGGGCCACGCCGAUGUCACCAUCACAGCUCAGAGUGCGGGAUUCCCCCCGGUGGCCCUGUGGGUGACCGUGGGCCUGGCCGUGUGUCUGGUGGGCCUGCUCAUCGCCCUGGCUGUCGUCUGCCACCGAAAGAUCAAGGAGAGCGAGGAAGCAGAAGCGGCUGAAGGCAAAGAAGAUGAAGAGGAGGAGUCAAAGACAGCCAUGACACCACUGAAGAGCUAAGGGCUACACAGAUGUGAAGGUCUCGCUGAGAACACCACAUGCCACCACGCGAAGAAAAACACCCUGUCUUUUCCCCGUAAGACACUGAGCACAGACUAAUGAAGAUGAGGAAGACAGUUUUUUUGCGAGUCUGUCAUACCCAGCCCAGCAAUAAGGCCUUGCCAAACGCAUACACUUUACUCCGAGAAAGUGAAGGAAUACGGAGAACACCUGAUGGAACUAGCAGGCAGUUUCCCCCUUUGGAUCUGCACUACCAACUGUCACAUAUGACUUUGCCAGCAAUGGAGGUCUAAAGCAACCUGUGCAUGUCAACGUGCUUCUGCUCUUCUGUCUUCACUAACUCCAGGAAGAUGGAACUGAGUCGAUGUUAUGAUUAAAUGACGCGCAUGGUAGGAAACGCAUACUCCUCAGUUGCCUGACAGUGUUAUUAUAUUGAAUAGUAGUGAUAUAAAUGUUACCUUCAUGAACCCUAUAUGGGUGGAGUUAUCAGGUGCUGUCAGUCACUGACCACUUUUGACCAAAUCAAAAGCCACUGCUCUCUACGGCAAGAUACUUCAGAGCAGUGUGCUGUACUUCAGAACAGCACUUGAUAGCUCUGCCCAUUUCGGGGCACUUCAAACCUCAAUCUCUCACUGAUAUUCUAAAAGGUUUUUUUGGAGUAAAUCAGUUGUAAUGCUUUAUUUGAGAUUCAUACAGGUACUGCACUCUAUAUUCUGUCACAAAACACAAGUCUGUACAAAUACAGUUCACUGCCAGGUCUUGUUUGAAUGUGUCUAGUUCUGGAAAGUGCUUGUGCCAAAUGUCAGAGCCAACCAUGAAAUAAUCCUGUGCAUAUUUACAUUAAAAUCCAUUCAGAAACUCUUUGA